CCAAGGUCGAAAUCCAAGCUUGAUUAAUGAAACCCAGCUCCAAAGUCGAUCCUAGGGUUUUUUCUUCGCUCUUUAUCUCUCUAGAACUCUUUUUUUUCUCCAAAAAUUCGAUUCUCCCCCUUUUGGUUCGAAUUUGCCAGUUUAACCCGAUACCGGCAAAACACGGGCAUGGACACGGUCGUGUCCUUCUCAUCCCGCCCGUGCUUUUCAAAGUCACGUGGGAAAACUUAGACCAAUGUUGGGAAAACACGCCUAUUCCAAGGAAGACACGGGUGUGCCCAUAUGAGGGACACGGUCGUGUUUCAGCCACGACCGCCCGUGUUUUGCAUUCUUCAGCAGCAGUCACACAUCAACUCUCGGAUGGCUUUCGAGACCUCUUUCUCGGAUGGUGAGGAUGAAGGCUUCGAGAUUAGAAAAUGCACUCCCAUUGCUAAUGGAGAAAAGAUUCGUCAAGCCACUAAGGGGCAGGUUCGCCAAGUGGUGGCUGCCUUCGAAUCCGGCCUGGUUAUUGAUAAAGAGGGAGAGGCGUAAGUGAAUGCUGAAUAUGCGGAAAGUCUCCAAGGAGAGGAAGAGAAGCUGCAUUCAAAGUUAAAUGAGUAUGGAUCGAACAUGAUGGAUCCUGCUAUUGGGGGUAAAAAUGAUCAUUGGAUGAGGUGGAGGGCGGGAAGGAUGAUACCCCUACACCAAAGAAGCAAUUCGUGGAACCAUCGGAGAGCAAUGAUAUGGGGGAGGAAGCUAGCCUAGAAUGGCUGCAAGUGGAUAAAUGAAGCUUUUUGGUCUGGAAUGUGAGGGGAAUUGGACCAUCACUCACAUUCCAAACUGUUGUAGCCUACAACAUCAAAAUCGUGAUUUUACAUAAAAUCAAAAAUUGAGGUAGAAUCGGAAUCGUAGAUUAAAAUAGUAAGAUUUUA